GAAUGCACGAUAAUGCAAGAUCUGUGUCGUGCACCUUUGGCCAUGACUUCUAUCACCGGGGCUAUUCCAAGGCUAUUCUGCACCUCAGCCCCGCGCUACCGCCCCGACAGCACCGGCGACUUCAAGAAAACCGCCGUAUUCAUGUUGCUCGUCGGCAUCUAUAAGGACGCGCCCAGGAAUCGUGCGACUGCUACGAGCUACGUCUCGUUGAAUCAGUCGCACAACCCUUCCCUGCAGGCGGACGACGCCUCUGGGUGCUACGUCAGCAUUUGCGCAUCUCGCAGGCCCCGCGCUGCUGGCUCGGCUGACAAUCCGCUAGAUGCAGGUUCCUGCAGAGGCAGCGCUAAUGCAUGAUUACGCCCUGUUGCUCCAGGCGGAAGGAGCUUACAGUCCGGCACAUGGGAGAAGCAUCCCUUCCGCCUCGGGUGAGCGGCGACAACCCUUGUUAGGGUCGGCCUCUUCGCUGGCCCAUCUAUGCUCCACCUCGCGUCUCGCAGUUCAUCUGCCGCUUCACGGCGUGCCUCCUGGGGGGCCCUUGGACACCCAUUAUGCUUUCCCGGAACUGGUCGCUCGUGUGGCGGGCGUUCUUUGCACAUGCCGGUCACGAACAUCAUGCUCACGAGGCUUGGCGUCUUACAUGGGCCAACAGUCGCAUACCUUCCGCCGCUUGUCUACCGCGUCUCGGGCCAUCGCCACCGUCAGUCCGUUCACACGCAGACUGUCCGCGCUGCAAGGUCUAUGUCAAGGAGCCCGCGGAACAUGGCUUGCAAACGCCCCACCACGGAGGUCACGCCGGUACACACAACACGACCCAGGCGAUGCAUCGCCUCGUUUGUGCGAGGUCGUCGCCACUUGCUACGCUUGUCAUGCACGGUUGUAUGAAAGCCGGGCAAACUGCCUGCCAGCGUCGAGGACAGGUACGAUUCGCCCUCUUGAGACUGUCGCUGCUCGCCGUCUCCCCGCACUGGCCAGACCGCCGGUGACAUGAUGCACUGACAUCCGUCGGACCAUCCGUUCGCCAUCAACAAGCCCACUGACGGCGGUCAACGCCGUGUAUCGUCGCCCUGCAAGCUACUAUCCCACGCCAACCCUAGUCAAGAUGCGCUGCGUCUACGUCACCUCUCGGGGC